AUGCUCCACGGUUCAUCAUCCAUAGUUCGUUCUGCACACAGCAUCCCCAUCCAUCCAUCUAUCCGCAACCCCCCUCUCCCCCAAGCCAUCACUAUGGGCGGCCAAACGCCUCAACAGCAGCCAGGCGCCUCCGCGACGACGACGACCACAGCCCUCAUCAAAUGGGUCCUCGACACGCGGCCUCUCUGGCCCGCAGCCAAGCAGACCAAAGACCUCUCCUCCGUGGCCGCCCGCGCACUCGACCUCCUCACGCCAGAGGAGCGCUCCAACGUCCUGCGCUACUACCACGUCAAGGACGCGAAGCUCGCCCUCGGCUCCGCCCUGCUCAAGCGCCUCGCCAUCGUGCGCUGCGCACGCGUCCCCUGGCGCGACGCCGUGCCCACGCGGGACGCCGUGCCCACGCGGGACGCCCGCACGCACAAGCCCGUCUUCCGUGUCCCUGUCCCUGCUCCUCCUCGCCAUGCCGACAGCUACGGAACGACGUCCGCGGCAUCUGCAUCGGCAGGUAUGGCGUCGUCAGAAACGGCCGCAGCGGCCGUCAGCGGUGAUGAUGAUGCAGAGCGCCAGUCGGCAGACGGCGACGACGACUACACGGAGCCCCUCCUCUUCAACGUCUCCCACCAAGCCGGCCUCGUCGUCCUCCUCGCCCUCGCCGCGCCCCCGUCCCGCGCCGCCACCGCCGUAGGCGUCGACAUCGUCUGCCCCUCGGAGCGGCGCGCGCGCGACCGCGAGAUGGUGUCGCGCGAGGGCUGGCCGCGCUACGUCGCCAUGCACGAGGACGUCUUCUCGCCCGGCGAAGCCGCCCGCCUUCGCGCCCUAGAAGAAGAAGAAGAAGACUGCGCGCCGCCGUCAAGCGCUGGAGGCGGCGGCAGGCAGCAGCAGGAGGAGGACAGGACGGACGUGAUGCUCGCGCAUUUUUACGCCCUGUGGUGUCUCCGCGAGGGGUAUGUCAAGAUGACGGGCGAUGCGCUGCUGGCGCCAUGGCUGCGCGACCUUGAUAUGCGCAACGUCGCCCCGCCUCCGAAGCCGCCGCUUGCGUCCGUUCCCCAUGGUGGUGGUGGUGGUGGUGACGAUGCAACAGCAGCAGCAGCAGCAAAAACAACGGAAGCGGCACGGGGCGCAGGAUUGGGACUCGAAAUCUAUCUGCACGGAGAGCGCGUGCGCGACGCCGACGUGCGCCUCGAGUGGCUCCUCGGCGACGAGUACAUGGUCUGCACGGCUGUCCGGUGGGGUCAUCAUCAUCAUUAUCAUCAUCAGCAGCAGCAGCAGCAGCAGCAGCAGCGUGAUUGCGCCAGCGGCGGCGAGCAAGGUGAAGAAGACGCAACAGCGGACACGUUGGCGAGCCCGUUUGUGCAGCUCGACCUGGAGCAGGUGCUCGUCGAGGCAGAAGCGGCGGACAGGCAGACAUAG